AGUACUGUCGCUACUUUAUUAAUUUACUUUGGUUUUUACAAUUGCCACGGAAAAAUGUCAACCUCUUCCAAUGUUAAUGGCAAUCUAAUGGACGAGUUCGAAGAGGCUUUUCAAAAUUGCCUGCUUUCACUCACUAAACUAGAAGCCAACACAGGCACCAACAAGGAAGAAGUCGAGUUGGAAGUACAAAAAACAACAAAUCGUUUCAUUGAUGUGGCCCGCCAAAUGGAAGCAUUCUUUUUACAAAAACGCUUUUUGGUGUCCACUCUAAAGCCCGACCAACUAAUAAAAGAUGAAAAUCAAGAUUUACGCAUAGAAAUUUCCCGCAAAGAGGCUUUGUUAAACAAACAUUACAGCCGUUUGGAGGAAUGGAAGGCCUGUCUCUCGGACAUACAACAAAAUCCGGCUAUUCUCAAUAGGCCGGUAGGAGGAAUACCGGUUGGUUUGGGAGAAGCAGGCGGUAGCAUGGUGGGACCAUCCGGAUCGUCUGGACCCAUAGGUGUUGCAGCGAUGGCAGCAAUGGGUGGACCACCCGGAAGGGGUGGCAUGAUGCCAAAUGUGCCAGGUGCUAUGGGACCUAUGACACAUAUGGGCCAGGUGGGUCAACAGCAACAACACAUACAAAAUCAAAAAAUGUUGCAGGCCCAACAAAUGCAACAAUUGCGCAUGAUGGGAAAAUUACCAAAGUAGUUAGUUUUCAUUUUUUAUUUUUGUAAAAUAUAGUUUUUAAAUAAAUUUUUCGUUUAAUGUUUAAGAUAUAAA